AUGGAGCUGGAUGAGUGCCUCACAUACAUCCCUGCUGAAGAGAAGGCCAUGGGGCGCUUCAUGCAGGCGCUAUGGGAGGCCCCGCAGCCGGGGCCAGAGGCCUUCGAGGGUCGAGGCAUCGUGAUGAGCGGUGGAGCGGGCCACGUGCUGCAGGCCCUGGCAAAUCUGGACGUGCUGCGGUCACUACACAAGUCAUCCAUACCAGUGGAGUUCUGGCACGCUUUCGAGCUCGAGCCGCCCUUUUGCGAAGCGCUGGCCCUACGGGGCGCCGAGUGCCGGCAGCUCCAGGUGCCCGGGGUGUACCCGCUCUACGAGACUGUGCUACCGUCCAUUUUGUCCUCGAGCUUCCGGGAUGUGCUGUGGAUGGACACCGACAUCACUCCGCUGGUCCCCCCGGAGCUCCUCUUCGAGUCCGACGCCUACGCCCGCGCCUCGUCGGCGAUUUGUGUGGCUUCGAGCGUGCGGCUGCGGUGCGGCUGGGACGGGACAUGCGCGGGGCCAAGGUGUUCUUAUUGA